AUGAAAGCUCUCAAAUUAUAUGAACAGACAGGAGCUAAUGCUUCUGCAGCUAAUGAAGAUGCUGUGGUAAAAAGGCAAUCGGAAGGAAUAAGCAUCUUGCUAACUGUGCUUCUGUCUUUAAUGGUCGUGCUUAUAGUUUUAGGUAACAGUGUUGUUAUAUUGGCUUUCAUUGUGGACAGGAGACUCAGAACUCGCAGUAACUUCUUUCUCCUAAACCUGUCCAUUUGUGAUUUUUUAGUAGGAGCCGUCUCCAUCUCCAUUUAUAUACCGUACAAGUUCACUGGAAAAUGGAUGCUUGGAAAGUUUCUCUGCAAACUGUGGAUAAUAUUCGACUACACAACCACAACUGCUUCUGCCUACAGUGUUGUUCUCAUCAGUUAUGACAGAUUUCUAUCUGUCAACAAGGCUGUUUUACAUCACUCUUUACAAAAAAGACACAGUCAGACAGCGCUCAAUAUGACCCUGGUUUGGAUUUGUUCUUUUAUUAUCUAUGGACCAGCAGUUCUUCUGUGGGAGACCAUUACCGGUACCAAUAACCUUCCGGAGGACAGCUGUCGUGCUGGGUUUCUUGAAACAUGGUAUUUUAUUCUUGGUGCAUCUACUUUAGAUUUCAUCCUCCCACUUCUCAGUAUUUCAUUUUUUAAUUUAAGAAUCUACCUAGAAAUUAUAAAACGCAGCACAAAGAGAAAUAAUUCUUCCAUAUUUAGUUCUUCUAAAAAAGCAAAGGAUAUAAUGCCCUUUACCAUAGCAAACAAUAUUGUCUUUCCAUCACCACAGACAAAUGAGAAAGGGGACAGUUAUGUGUUCUUUCACCCUUAA